UCCUCUCCUCUCUGGGCUGCCAUUUAGGUCAGACAACAGAGCCACCAGCCCAUUAAGCUGCCUCCGUUGCCACCACCUGGUCUGGCUCCUUGGUGGCUGCUUGCUGCUGCUUUCUAUUAAUUGUCAUCUUCCUUUCCCGGACUGCAGUGAGGAGGAGGACGUGAUUGGCAUGACACUACAUUGGGGACCGAAAUGCCAACCAGGAGACGGCAAGGCGAUGAUGAGCUGAAGUGUGGCUGAGGGCCAGUGGGAACACUGUGGCUGCUCUGCUUCCUGCCUGGGGUCUUUUAACUGCCUCCUGCUGACUCCUGUUCUUGCUUGUCCAUCUUAAGACUUUCACAUCCACGGGUGCGGCUGGUGCCAGACGUCAUAUAGGGUCCGGAUUCUGAUGUCUUGACUUUGGGAUCCCAGAAGACCUGAGACGCAGGGAUCCUGCAUGUUUCUCUCCCUAGCAGAUUGUUUUCAGUCUCCACAGGCUACACAUAAAAAAUGUCUCCGGAUCCUCCGAGACAAAUGGGAGUGUGGCGACAGACCAGAGCUCUUUUAUACAAGAACUGUCUAGUUAAAUGGAGGACUAAAAAGGCUAGUGUUCAGGAAGUCCUGAUUCCACUUACCUUUUUAGGUUUGCUGAUAAUAAUAAGCGUGAUUCAGCCUAACAAAAGACAUGAUGAAGUUCCAGAUUGUAAUCUUGAUUCUACGAGUUGCUCCAGCAUCUCUGAGUUUAUUAUUGGCUAUACACCAGUGACUAAUAUGACAAGAACAAUCAUGCAUAAAGUGACUUCAGAAUACUGCCCAGAAGCCGAAGAUGCAAGAGAAUUUCUAAGUGAGGCAGAAAUGGAAGAGGCUAGUCUUCAGGACCCAGAAAACUUUGUGGGUGUGAUUUUCAAUGAUUCCAUGUCCUAUCACCUCAGAUUUCCUACUGUAGUGGCUCCAAGAUCUUUAAUCCUCACGGAAUCAAUAGCCAGUUGUUCAACCCCUUCCAAAAUGUGUGAAGCUGAAACAUACUGGCAUUAUGGAUUCACAGGCAUACAGAUCUACAUUGAUGCAGCAAUUAUAGAGUUGAAGACUAAUAAAUCAGUUUUGGAAGAACUGGAAUCAGCAAAAGCUGUCAAGAUGGGAAAGUCUGCUGUUGUGGAAAUAGAUAAUUUCUUUCGUGCAGUAAUCUUAAUUUACUUAGUUAUUGCCUUUUCACCUUUUGGCUAUUUUUUGACUAUUCAUAUUAUGACAGAAAAAGAGAAGAAACUGAAAGAAUUUUUAAUGGUAAUGGGACUUCAAGACACAGCUUUUUGGCUUUCUUGGGUCUUGCUCUACACCAGUCUGAUUCUUGUCAUGUCCCUUCUCAUGUCGGUUAUUGCAACAUUUUCUUCGCUCUUUCCCCAAAGUAGCAGCUUUGUGAUAUUUCUUCUUUUUUUCCUAUAUGGAUUAUCCUCCAUUUCUUUUGCAUUUUUGCUAACCUCUCUUUUCAAAAAAGUGAACUAUGCUGGUUCAGCUCAGUUUUUCACAACUGUGGCUUUUGGUGCUGUGGGCUUGAGCAUUGCCCUGUUGGAAGAUUUUCCAAAGACUUUUGUGUGGUCACUAAGCCCACUGUGUGAAUGCCCCUUUUUAAUUGGUGUUGUACAGGUGAUGCAUCUGGAAGAUUAUGAAGAAGGAGCUAUUUUCUCCCAUAUAACUCAUGGCCCUUAUCCACUAAUUAUUGCUUAUACACUAUUGACCCUUGAUAGUAUGCUUUACCUGCUCCUAGGGAUUUAUUUCGAUCAAGUGAUUCCAGGGGAAUAUGGAUUGCGGCGAAGCUUUUUCUUCUUCCUAAAGCCCUCAUUUUGGGUAAAGCGAACAAGAAAUUAUAAGGAAUUAUAUGAAAGCAGCAUUAAUGGAAGCUUAGAAUUCAGUGAGAUUGUUGAGCCUAUAUCUUCCGAAUUCCAGGGAAGAGAAGCUAUUAGAAUCAAUAAUGUCCAGAAAUCAUAUAUUAAAAAGGGUGAAACUGUGGAGGCUCUGAAAAGUUUAUCCUUUGACAUUUAUGAGGGUCAGAUCACAGCAUUACUUGGACAUAGUGGAACAGGAAAAACAACAUUAAUGAACAUUCUUUGUGGAUUGUCUCCACCUUCUGAUGGAUUUGCAUCGAUUUAUGGCUCUAGAGUUUCAGAAAUAGAUGAAAUGCUAGAUAUAAGAAAGGUAAUUGGAGUCUGCCAGCAGUCAGAUAUAUAUUUUGAUGUAUUAACCGUGGAAGAAAAUUUAUCAAUAAUAGCUUCGGUUAAAGGAAUACCUCCCAAUGAUAUGAUACAAGAGGUCCAGAAAGUUUUACUCGAUUUGGAUAUGCACCCCUUUAAAGAUAACCAAGCUAAAAAACUAAGUGGAGGACAGAAAAGAAAACUGUCGGUUGGAUUUGCAGUUCUUGGAGAUCCAAAGGUAUUACUCUUAGAUGAACCAACUGCUGGCAUGGAUCCAUGUUCACGGCAAACAGUUUGGAACCUCCUGAAAAAUGGAAAAGCCACUCGAGUGACUGUGUUCAGUACCCAUUUCAUGGAAGAAGCAGACAUUGUUGCUGAUCGGAAAGCUGUGAUUUCUCAAGGAAUGCUGAAAUGCCUUGGCUCCUCUCUGUUCCUUAAAACAAAAUGGGGAAUUGGCUACCGCUUGAGUAUGCAAAUAGACAGAUACUGUAACACAGAAGGCACAGCAUUUUUGAUCAAGCAGCAUAUCCCUGGAGCCAGUUUGUUAAAGCAGACUGAAGAGCAGCUUGUGUAUGCCUUACCUUUUAACGACAUGGACAAAUUUUCAGCACUGUUUGCUGAUCUAGACAUGCAUUCCCAUUUGGGUGUUAUUUCUUAUGGCGUUUCCAUGACUACCUUGGAGGAUGUGUUCCUCAAGCUGGAAGUUGAAGCUGAAAUUAACCACACAGAUUUCAGUGCAUUUAACUCGGAGCAAGCUGAAGAUGAAAUGGAUGCAAAAUCUAUGGAUGAGUUAGAGCAAAGUCUGCUAAUGCUAUCUGAGACAAAAUCGUGUGUACUAAGCAAUAAGUCUCUUUGGAAAAAACAGGUCUCUACUCUGGCAAAAGUUCAUUUUCUUAAUUUCAAACGUGACAUCAAAUCACUCACAGAAGUGUUUUUGCUAUUAACAGUGUUCCUUGGGGUUGAGAUUUAUAUGUUCAAUAUGUAUCGGCAAUACUUCAAAAAUGCAGUGGUUCCUAUUACGUUUUCUCCAGACUUAUACUUUCUUAAACCAAAUGAAACUCAUCAUAAAUACAAAAGCAGUCUCCUUGUUCAGAACUUCACUGGAUCAGACAUUGAUGACAUCAUCAGCUCUCUUAUAAGCCAGAAUGUGCGCACAGAAAUAUUCAAUGGCAGUGAUUAUGUAUCAUUUGCUCCCCAUAAUGGAGCAUUAAAUGUAUCUCAUACUGGCAAGAGCUACAUCUUUACAGCUGCUUUUAACUGUACCAUGAAACAUUCUUUACCAGUUAUGAUGAAUAUCAUUAGCAAUCUGUAUCUGCACAAUUUAAAUGUAACAGAAAACAUCCGUGUCUGGAGUAGUUCGUUCUUCCAUAAAAUUACUGACAGAGGUUUCAUAAUGGUGCUGGUUGUUCAAGCUUUGACAGUAGGAGUCACAAUAACUGGGUUGCCAUCAUAUUUUUCCAUGGACAAUGCAGAAAACCACAGGAUCAAAGCCUAUACUCAACUUAAGAUAUCAGGUCUUUAUCCAUCUGCUUACUGGUGUGGGCAAGCACUAGUUGACAUUCUUUUAUAUUACAUUAUUCUCCUCCUGAUGGUUGGAAUCUUGUUCAUAGUUCACCAUGGAAUCAUUUUUUCCCCUGAGGAGGCUCUUGCUGUGGUUUUGUGCCUUAUUGGCUAUGUACCAUCGGUAAUUCUGUUCCAUUAUGUUGUCUCUUUCACCUUCAAAACAAUACAAAACACCAAAGAAUUUUGGUCAUUAAUUUUUUCAACAGUAGCCUUGAUUUGUGUUAUAGUUAUUGACGUAGCUUUUAUUCAGUCAUACGCAAUAGCAAUUAUAAUUCACACUUGCUUUUCUAUCUUCAUCCCAAUAUAUCCUCUUAUUGGGUGUCUCAUUUCUCUAACAGAGGUAGCAGAGAAGCUUGGUCGAAAUAUGGAAAGAAAUACAGAAAGGCUAUUGGUUUCAACAAUAGCGCCCUACUUGCAAUGUGUCAUUUGGCUCUUCCUUCUACGCUAUCUUGAGGUGAAAUGUGGAGGCAAAUCAAUGAGAAAUGACCCAUUUUUCAGAACUCGUGCAAAGCUGAAGGCCAGGAAAGUGCCAGAUGUGCCGUUUGACGAGGAUGAGGAUGAAGAUGUUGUGGCUGAGAGGUUGAGGGUUAAGGAGCUGACAACGAGCCAGAACUGUGAGGAGAAACCUGCAAUUUUGGUCAGCAAUUUACAUAAAGAUUAUGAUGAAAAGACCGAUUUUCUUCUCGGAAGAAAAAUAAAGAAGGUGGCAACCAAUCAGGUCUUUUUUUGUGUAAAAAAAGGAGAAAUUAUGGGACUGCUAGGCCCCAAUGGAGCUGGGAAGAGCACACUGAUUAAUAUGUUGGUGGGAGAAGUAGAACCAACCUCAGGCCAGGUGCUGAUGGGAGAUUAUUCUUUAGGUGAAAAUAACAAGGAUAGCUCCAUGAGAUUUAUGGGAUACUGUCCACAGACAAAUCCACUUUGGCCUGAUAUUACAUUGCAGGAACAUUUUGAAAUUUAUGGUGCUAUCAAAGGAAUGAGUGAAAGUAACACGAAAGAAUUCAUAAAAUGCAUUUCCCAUGCACUUGACCUCAAGGAACAUCUACAGAAAAGAACAAAGGACCUUGGAGUAGGCAUCAAACGAAAGUUAUGCUUUGCUCUUAGUAUGCUUGGUAACCCUAAUGUUACUCUGUUAGAUGAGCCAUCUACUGGUAUGGACCCUGUAGGGAUACAGCAGAUGUGGAAAGCAAUUCGGGCAGCCUUAAAAAGUAAGGAGAGAGCAGCUAUUCUGACAACUCAUUAUAUGGAAGAAGCAGAGGCUGUGUGUGAUCGAGUCGCAAUCUUGGUGUCUGGAAAAUUAAGAUGCAUUGGUACAGUUCAACAUCUCAAGAGUAAAUUUGGCAGAGGAUAUUUCUUAGAAAUGAAAUUAAGAGAAGUGCCGGAUUUACAGCAGAAGGAGCGUCUUCAAAGGAUGGUUUUGCGCAUCUUUCCAAAUGCAAGUUGCCAGAAAAGCAUUGCCUCUAUUUUGGCUUACAAAAUUCCAAAGGAAGAUGUCCACUCGCUUGCAGUAUCUUUUUCUAAACUGGAGGAAGCAAGACAUGCUUUUAAUAUUGAAGAGUACAGCUUUUCUCAAGCAACACUGGAACAGGUAUUUAUGGAACUUGUCAAAGAGCAAGAAGAGGAGGAGAGCAAUUUUGGAACCCUAAAUGGAACAAUUAGUUGGGAAAGAUCCCAGGGGGAGAGAGUUAUUUUCUGAUUUGUUUCACAUUGCAGAAAUUCAAGAGCUUCGCUUGUCAGGGUUUUUGCUAAAUAUUUGUUUGCUGUGGCUCUAG